UUUUUCCCCCCAUCCCAUUCCCCUUGUUCCCUGCUCAAAUAGAAGAGUUAGGGGCUGGGCUUGGAGUUUCUUCAAAGUUUUAUAAGACAUCUGCAGCUGCCAGGAUUUGUGCAGAGCUCUUCAGGCUCACAGAAAGAGAGGCAAGCCAGCGCCGGUAUGCAGAAAACACAAAAGGGUCCCAUCCCUUGUUGGUGAGGUUCUUUAUUUUCCAUUCUCUUGGAGUAACGUGCUCUGUAGGACCCUACAGAAGUUUUCCGUUUUUAAAGCAAGAAAACUCAACUGAGCUACAUCUUCCAGACCUUUUGCACAAACAAAAAGCAACUGGGAUAAAUAAGAGGGAAGAAAUCAGGUUUCGACUGUACUUCAUUGUCAAAGAGGAUUGUUGUUUACUUUUAGGAUUCUGGAGGGUUUUCAUUCUGUGGAAGCAGGGAUUUCAGCAGCUGGGGCACUGAGCCAUUCCUCCUUCUCUAUCUCACUCUCCUCUGCUCACACUCUGGAAUCUGACGUCUUAGGAGGCCCGUCUGCUUCAGUGUCCUGCCCUGUGUGAAAGACUGCAGAGGUGGAGAUUAAUGAGCGAUUCCUUCCUAAAGUGUCUUGAGGGGACCUGAAGAUUGAAUGCUUUAUCUGCAAAGGAGGUGGAGGCAGGUCAUUCAGUUGUUCUGUUUCAACUCAGAAAACACUGGGAGUUGGUACCUGAGGCUCCUGUCAGGUUCCUUGUGAUCUCUUAAAGAAUGCACUGCAGUCACUUUAUUUAAGUACUUUUUUUAAGCUUUCUCUUCUUUCACAGUGACAACUUAAGCCAAGCAGUUCCAAGUUUUGAAAGUGAUCCUCUUGCAGUGGAGAUGGUAAAUGCACAGGAUUUCCUGGACAUCAACUGUGAACAAUUUGCUAUUAAUUUUUAGAAACAUAGAGAUUUCUUGCUGUCCCCUUUCCAUGAGCCCGAUUGCUCUCUAGUCUACAGAACAAAAACUCUGAGGAUUUCUAAAAAGCUAUCUAUAUCAAUUUUGCAUAAUUCUGAGAGAAUAUCAAUUUUUUAAGCUGCACACGUGUUUAAACUUGCCAUCACUGCACUCUGUCUCUGAAGUUUCUGCCCGGAAAUCUGUUCAGGGAAGCAGAUUGACACUGAAAGACAAUUGCAUGUGGCCAAGUCUUUCCUAGAUUUCAAGUCAAUCAGUAGCUGAGCAGCCCAAUCUGCGGACUUUAAACAUCACUUAACUGCAUCAAGUGAAGUGUGUCAUCUGGACUGAAGAUGGAGGGGAGGAUUAUCAUCUUUUCUUGUGCUCUGCUUGGCCUGUGUUAUCUCAUGGUGUGGUGCAGCACCACUGAUUUGCAGUCUGUUACCUUGGACCACGAUGCCACCGAGCUCCAGACAGGCAGCCUGCGAGACAGGAGGGCCGUCUCCAAGAGGAAGCAGGACCAGGGGGACGAGCCGGAAGGCAGGGUCUUAACGGAGAGCCCUGGCGUAGAUCCAGUGCCGAAGAAAAAGGCAGAGAAGGCCAAGGCAAAAACCAAGAAGUCUGCUGAGGAAGUACUCGCAGCCAAGGCCAAAAAAGCAGCUGAGAAGGAGGCUAAAGCAAAGAAGCAGAAGGCGCCCAAGCCCACCAAGAAACCCAAACCUCCCAAGCCUACCAAGAAACCCAAGUCCCCAAGGCCUUCCAAGAAACCCAAGGCCCCAAAGCCCUCCAAGAAACCCAAGGUUCCCAAGCCCACCAAGAAGCCCAAAGAGAAACCAGACAAGGGGAAGAAGGUGUUGGAGGUGGAGGAGGAGAUAAAAAGGAAGGAGGAGGAAGAGCGAGUGGAGGAGCAGCCGACAAAACACCCUACUCUGGAGGAGGAAGAGGAUCGUAUCCUCAGAAAGUUAGGCUGGGACAACCUGACCCCCACAGAACCACCCACCGUGGCUGAGAGAGAGGAAAUCCACACAGACCUAGUGGAUAUUGUUUUGAAACCUGAAGUGCCCUUAACCCCUGAUCCAAUGAAAGAGACGGAGGAGAAAAAAGAUGACUACUGGGAUGCAAAGUAUGACGUUCCAGAGCCCUUGCCUGAAGAGAAAGAGAUCUACCCUGGGCCCUACACUGAAGACUGGAGCCAUGCAGUUACAGCGGAGCCGACCCCUCCUCCGUUCGAAGACGCGUGGUACGACAUGUACGACUACGGAGAUCCAAUCAAGAAGGUAGAGGAGAAAAAAGAAGACUCAAAAAAAGAGAAAGAAGAGAAAAACAAAGAGGAGACAAAGUGGGAGGAAGAGUGGGAGACGAAACCAAAAGAGAGAAUCUACACUGAACCAAAGAAAUGCCCCCCACUAGGCAUGGAGUCCCACCGCAUUGAUGACGACCAGCUGCUAGCCUCUUCCAGUUUAGACCACAGCCUGGGCCCCCAGCGAGGACGGCUCAACAUGCAGUCAUCCUCACAGGGUGGGGAGGAUGAGACCGAAGUGUACGGGGGAGCAUGGUGUGCUGAGAGCGAGGAGACACAGCACUGGUUCGAGCUGGAUGCCCGCAGGGAGACAGAGUUCACAGGAGUUAUCACCCAGGGCAGGGACUCCCAGAUACACAACGAUUUUGUGACUUCAUAUUACGUGGCCUUCAGCAAUGACAGCCGAGAAUGGACAGUUCUCCAUGAUGGCUACUCCGAGUGGAUGUUCUUUGGCAAUGUGGACAAAGACACGCCAGUGAUGUCGCAGUUUGUCGAGCCAGUGGUCGCACGUUACAUCCGGGUUCUGCCCCAGAGCUGGAACGGGAGUCUGUGCAUGAGGCUGGAGUUCAUGGGCUGCCCUGUGUCCAGGCCCAGCAUAUACAGCCAGAAUGAAGUCACAUCAACAGAUGACCUGGACUUCAGGCAUCACAACUACAAGGAGAUGAGACAGAUGAUGAAAGUGAUCAACGAGGAGUGUCCCUCCAUUACCAGGAUCUACAAUAUUGGCAAGAGCUCCCAGGGACUGAAGAUCUAUGCCAUGGAGAUCUCAGACAACCCUGGGGAACAUGAGACAGGGGAACCGGAAUUCCGCUACACUGCCGGUCUCCAUGGUAACGAGGCCCUAGGCCGGGAGCUGCUGCUGCUGUUGAUGCAGUUCAUGUGCAAGGAGUACAACGAUGGCAAUCCCAGAGUGCGCCGCCUAGUGGAGGGAAUCCGCAUUCAUUUGGUGCCCUCGCUCAACCCAGAUGCCUAUGAACUCGCCUUUGAGAUGGGCUCUGAGAUGGGCAACUGGGGACUGGGGCACUGGACAGAAGAAGGGUAUGACAUCUUUCAGAAUUUCCCUGACCUCAACAGCGUCUUGUGGGGUGCAGAGGACAGAGGGUGGGUCCCCCGCAUAGUGCCAAAUCACCAUAUCCCUAUCCCAGAGAACUUCCUAUCGGAGAACGCUUCGGUUGCCGUGGAGACGAGAGCCAUUAUUUCCUGGAUGGAGCGGAAUCCGUUCGUCUUGGGGGCCAACAUCCAGGCAGGGGAGAAGUUUGUGACCUACCCUUUCGACAUGCAGCGCCCGGCUGGGAACAACGGGCGCCGGCGGGGGCGCGAGGAAGAGUACGAUGAGGAGGCGUGGGCCCAGAGUCAACAGCACUACGACAGCGAGCUCCGCGAGACUCCGGACGACUCCGUGUUCCGCUGGCUAGCCGUCUCCUACGCCUCCACUCAUCUCACCAUGACUGAGACCUACCGGGGGGGCUGCCACACCGAUGAUGUCACCGCUGGCUUGGGCAUCACCAACCGGGCCAGCUGGAAGCCAGUUGUGGGCAGCAUGAAUGACUUCAGCUACCUGCACACCAACUGCUUUGAGCUCUCCAUCUUUGUGGGCUGUGACAAGUUCCCUCAUGAGAGCGAGCUUCCACAGGAGUGGGAGAGUAACCGAGAGGCCCUGCUGGUCUUCAUGGAGCAGGUGCAUCGUGGGAUCAAGGGAGUGGUGAAAGAUCGUGAAGGCAAUCCCAUCGCCAAUGCUACCGUGUCUGUGGACGGGAUCAACCACGACGUUAAGACAGCCGCCAACGGGGACUACUGGCGCCUGCUGAACCCCGGAGAGUAUCGAGUGACGGUGCGUGCGGAGGGCUACUCCCCAGGAUCCAGGUUAUGCGUGGUGGGCUAUGAGGUCGGGGCGACGCAGUGCAGUUUCACCCUGGUCAAGUCCAACUGGGACCGCAUCCGCCAGAUCAUGGCCCUGAACGGGAACAGGCCCAUCAGACUCAUCCACAAGAACGGGAGCAGACCCGAGUCUGCGAACGGCAACGGGAAGAGGUACGGAAAGGGGAACAAGAACGGCAGACGGCGCCCGCUUUCUCGCCUAUCCCGUCAGCAACUCCUCCGAUUGUUGAGGCUCAAGAGGAUCCGGGAGCAAAGGCUCAGAGCCAACGCCACGAGCACAGCGCCCCCUACCACUGAAAUGCCCCUCACUACCACCCAGCCUCUCCCGAGCUCCACUGAGCCCACCACUCCAGAAGACAUCCCCGUGGAGGGCACGCCAUAUGAUUCUUGGUUCAUCGUGGAAAGCCCAACCACACCAGCCGGAGCAGGUUCGUGGGACACGCCGGAGCCCACGGAGAACUACGAGUUCGAGUUCAAAAUCGACGACGAGUACGAAAGCUAAGCGCCGCCUUUUUUUUCGUGUGCGGGCAACAGCGCAGUGGCGAAAGUCGGGAAAUUCUGUAACUUCGUUAAAAUCUAUCUUAUUUCCAGUUUUAAGAUCUUCUUAGUUGGAGAAAAGCAACGCUUCACCCUGCCUCCACACACGCAUGUGCACUCUUUCACUAUGUUAAUUACCGGCGCUUGCAGGACCUUUUCCAACUUUUUAGCGUGGCCAGUAGUGACAACUUGGUUUGAACAAAUAUUAACUGGGUGGGGAAGGCUUUGCGUCUCCGUUAUUCGAACGCUGAGGAAUGUAAGAAGAGUGGAUUCUUAAGGCAGGUAAAGACUUAUGUGUGAAUGUAUGAAAUACCAAUUGGUUAUUUUAAUUAUCAGUUGGAUCUGAUUGUGGGAGACCUACUUUAUGAGGGCAGGAACGUACAGUAUGAGCAUUUGAGAAAAAUGUUUUGGAAAGCCUGUAAGGCUUCUGCACUCCACAACUGAUGCACGCAGAAUGGAAUUAGCAAAAUUUCCCCAAAGUUAAAGUAAAUUUUUCUUAAUAAAAGCACAAGAGUUAAGGUUG